AUGGCCGACCGAGUUCAUCCUCGUGACGACUCACCGCCACAAUCUACUGAGUUCAAACCUUCACCACCACCACCACAGAAAGAUGCGGAUCAAGCACAUUACCCACAGUCACCAUCAAAACCCGUAGCUCCUGAAUCAGAGAAACCAGUCCCACCACCACCAGGAACAUACGUCAUCCAAAUCCCUAAAGACCAAGUCUACCGAGUCCCACCACCGGAAAACGCACAACGCUUUGAACGUCUCUCCCGCCGCAAGGUUCGUCGUAGCUCCUGCUGCUGUUGCCUUUGCUGGCUCCUCUCACUCCUCGCUGCCUUCCUCUUCCUUGUCGGCGUCGCUGCAGCUGUUUUCUACCUCGUUUUCCGCCCCGAGUCACCAGAUUAUGCAAUCGAGCACAUCUCCAUUAAGGGGUUCAAUCUGACGUCAUCAAGACCGAUCUCUCCGGAAUUUAACGUCACUGUGAGAGCUAAUAACCCUAACAAUAAAAUUGGGAUUUAUUAUAUAAAAGGAAGUUCCGUUAAUGUUCACUACGACGGCGUUAAAUUGGCUACGGGAUCGUUACCGGUUUUCUACCAAGGGAAAAACAAUGUGACGGUGUUUGCAACAAUAUUAAAGGGGUCUGCUAUUGAGCUAACGAGUGGUGCUCGUACAGCGUUAGUCGACAGUGUUAGUAAAGGAACGGUGCCGUUUAAGCUGGCUCUGAGGGCUCCGGUUAAGAUUAAGGUUGGGUCUGUUAAGACAUGGAAGAUCACUGUUAAAGUUGACUGUGGUAUAACGGUGGAUAAGUUAACGGCUACUGCAAAGAUUAGGUCUAAAAAAUGUGAUUAUGGUGUGGAUUUGUGGUAG